AUGACUCAAGACGUACUUUUGACGCACCAAACUCGGGUGUUGGAUGACGAAAAGUCAACAGUCACUGAAACUGACGACGACAGUUCGGUCACUGAAUGCAGUGACUCUGAACCAACAAUGACAACACGGAGCGGUUUAAAACGUGCAUUACCUGCUGGCGGAGCUCGACAAGGCGACGCUAAACGAAAAGAUACAAAGAAAAGAGGAACUGAAAUUGGUGGUGAAUUAAAUUCUUCGGAAUCAGUAAACCAAAAGACAAUAGCAUAUAAUGGAAAAAACUCGAAUAUAAACGCACUUGCUGCUAACGCGGCAGUUCUUCUCUCAAACGUAUCCACUGCUACUACUAAUUCCAAUAAUCAUAUUGUCGAGGGAGCAGCAGUGAAUUCAGUAACUGCUGCUCAACAGGCUCUAAGCAAUCAACAACAAUUCGCUGAAGUUUUAUCCGCUGCCACAAGUUUAGCUAAUCAAAUAACCUCUCCAAUUGCAGUGGCCCCUUUACUUAAUGGUCAAGCUGCUGCCAUUGUAACUAAUGAUUCGGGCACUACUAAAAGAAAUACACAACUACGAAAUAUGAGUAACGAUGAACGUCGACAACGAAGAUUACUUCGUAAUCGUGUAGCUGCUAAAGAAUGCCGCCGUAAAAAGAAAGCAUAUGUGGCUGAUCUCGAAGAAAAAGUUAAUCGUCUCGAAGAGGAAAAUAUUGUUCUUCGAAAAGAACUCGAGGAAUUGAAAACCAAGAUGACCUUAGGUGCGAUGCGAAUUGAAGAAAAAAGUCGCCUCAUGAAAGAAGUUGAAGAGCUAAAUGGGCAAUUGGCUAUGAGAACUUCUGCUACUACAGUUGCUACUACCGCUCAACAAACUAAAAAUGAAUCGGAAAAUCAAGAAUCUAAAUCAGGCCUAAAAGAAAUUACCUCACUUUUAACCAAAGAGAUUAAAGAACUAGAAGAAAAAAUAGAUGCUCAUGAUAAACAGAAAUUAUCACAGACGCACUAUACUCCAUUUUCUGAAAUUGAUUACACUCGAAUUUAUGAAGCAAUUUCCGCGCCUGAUUUCUUGACCCAAAAUAAAAACAAACUUCUUUCUUUGGAAGAAAAAUCAAAGCCGAGUUCACCCGUUGCAAAUUCAAAAUUGGGAAUCCCAUUUUUAGAUACGCGCAUAAAAGACAAUCAAUCAUCGGAUGCUCAUUUAUCAAUUGAGGAUGUCAAAUCCAUGUUAAAUGAAGCCAAAUCAGAUAAUUCAGUUGGUGCUCUUCAAAAUAGAUUGACUCUAAAUAUAUAUGAGUUUAAUCGUUUGCUUGGAAAUUGUUUAAAAUCAAAAAACAUACAAGAUGCAGAGAAUACAUUACACUUGAUGGAGAAAGCUGAAAUUCUACCUGAUAUUAUCACAUACGAUACUCUAAUUAAUCUAUAUGCGAAUGUUCGAAAUGUAGAGAAAGCGAUAUCAACAUUUAAUCUAAUUGAAUCAGCCGGAUUAAAACCAUCAAUACAUUCUUAUCAAAAUUUAAUAAAAGCUUAUUGUAACGAGCUCCGUCUCAAUGAAGCUUUUGAAGUGUAUGAGAAAAUAAAGAGUGCCGGAUUGAUUCCUUCGCAGGCUGUUUUCACAGCACUUAUCAAAGGUUGCGUUGAUAAGGGAGAUAUUGCACUCGCUUGGAAAACAUUUGAUUAUAUGAGACUGGAAGUUUGUCAACCCGAUGAAGUAACAUACAGUCUAAUGAUCCAUGCCUGUGCAAAGACUCAAGAAGUAGAGCGAGCUUUUGAUUUAGUUCAGGAAAUGACUGAGAAAAAGUUAUAUCCAACGGAUGCGUUUAAUUUAUUGGAGCAAAUGCAAGAACAGGGAUUUCAACCUGACAGAAUUACUUAUAACACCUUAAUAUACGCAUGUUCAAAGACUAUUAAUUUAAAAGCUGCUAGAAAACUAGCAAAGAUAAUGAUUGAGAGCGCGAAAGAUAAACCUUUAUUAGCGCCGACGGUCGUUACUUUUGUGAACUUGUUUUGGGUAUAUGCUAAAGACGCAUUUCCAUUUCUACCUUAUGAACCUUACACACAAACACAAGCGCUUAUGGAAGUUGAAAUGUUAUUCAAAUAUGCCGUGAUGAUGGCUCAAGAAGUCAUUCAACAACAAAAAAAUAAUUCUAAUAACAAUUCCUUCAUGGAUAAUGACGAUAUAAUCAGGAUAUCUCCUAUUUUGCUGGAUGCAUAUCUUAAAGUUAUCGUGAAAAAAGGAGGAUUCGAUAAAGCAAUGGACAUUUUCACUCAAAAAUAUGCGGAAUUCGAUCAGGAAUAUACCGGAUGGACAUUUAUUACUAUGCUGAAAACAUGUUACGAUCAUGCAAAAUAUAAUGAAGCUUUUAACAUUUGGAAAGCUUGGCAAAGUUGGUGGAAAAGAAUCGGCGCAAAAUAUGGAAAUGUGGGGAUUUAUAAAAUGGAAAUAGAAUUCAAAAAAUUAGGGCGAACACCCGAAGUUCGAUAUCAAGCUUAUCGAUGGAUGAUUAAUACAUUAGCAAGGUGCAAUGAUAUAGAAAGUGCGAUGCAAUUACUUGAAAAACUUGUAUUAAAAGGAUAUAAGCCAAAUCGAAAAGACCUCUGGACUUUAUAUCAGAAAGUCAUAUAUUUCGAAAAUCCCGCAGCCCGUCUACAAUUUUUGGAUUAUUGCCGUGAUCAACGCACAUUGACAGAUGAAGUUAACGAUGCUUUGGUCAGAAAAUGGAAAGGGACAACACCUUUCAGAACCAACACCCCGUUUUACAAUAAUAGAGAAGGAAAUGAAAAAACGCGAUAUAUCCGUUGA